AUUCAUCAUGGACUUUCUCUGGCCUAUUUGUCGUCCCUGCUACAAGAAUAUCGUCCACCACGUAGUCUAUGCUCAUCCUCCAAAUCACUUCUUACUGUCCCCAGUAUGAAUUCUGUGACAUACGGUGAACGUGCGUUUUCCUUCUGUGCACCUACAUUAAGGAAUACUCUUCCUGAUUCUUUUGACAAUGCAGCUUCCCUUUCGUCCUUUAAAUCUGCCCUAAAAACAUUCCUAUUUCGGAAAAUUUAUUAUUAUUAUUAUAAAUUGGCUUUGUGGACACUAUUGGUACUUUUACAGUGCAGAAGUUAGCACCAGCCUUUGUUUCCUGUUCUGCAGUCACCUCUUCUCAAGCUGUCAGACAUGAAAAAGACCUGUGGUUUGCAAUUGACACAGUGACUAUGGAUAUUUGUACAGUUUGGUGCUCAUGCGUUGUUGGGACCAGGAAGUGUUGUAAUCAUGUAAUUGCAACACUCUACAUGUACGAAUAUGCUGUAUCUAACUUGUUCACACACUCAGGAUGCAGCUUUAUGUCAUGUGAAUGGAAUAAAAGUACAUUGAAAAAUACACCAAAGGACGAGCUGACAACCACCUUCGGUGCGAAUUAUGUAAGGGACGUUCAACAGCGUCAAAAUUCCAUGAUGUAUACACAAACGUGA